AUGGAGUUUCGUCAGCAUUUAUCAGAUUCCCUAAAUGAAAUAACUGAAUAUAUACAAGAAGGCGGAAAUCGUGGAGGUGAUUCAGAGAAUACUGUUUUAAGACUGGAGGUUCUUUACGAGGCAGCGUUGAUCAAUGGGGACAUUCCUUUAGAUGCGGUUGACUUAAUCAAUCAAGCUCGUACACACCUGAACGUAAACUUGCAUCAACAAGAGCCUUUUCGUGGGUAUGAAGCACCAGCAGUGAGUGAGGCAGGUCGCCGAGGAAGACCUAAGUUUGCGAUUUCCGAGAAGCAGCUGCUAUUUUUCAGAGGUAAGGAGGAAAAAGUGCUUUUACCAUUUUCAGGUUGAAAAUUUGAAAUGAAAAUAAGGUAGACACAUUUGAAACUAUCCAUAUAUGCCCCAUAUGAAGUGAGUGCUUUUUUUUUCGAGUUGAUAGGUUUCGCCAAACCACGUUUUUUGGUUAAUUCAUAACAUCUUUAGUGAGUUCACCUUUUGAAGGUUUCAUUCAAUUUUCAGUGUAAACUAUCUGCUCUCAAAGGACUGUGUUUUCUUUUAUGAACACUAGUUAUCUUUUUGUUAGAGAACAACUUCACGUAUAAAGACAUGGCUCUAAUGCUUGGGGUUAGCAAGCGAACUAUUGAAAACCGUAUGGCCGAGUACGAGUUGACGAACAAGUCCCGCUACACUGACAUAGAGGACGAUUUCCUGGAUUCUUUAAUCCAGCGUAUCAUGACAAAUUUCCCUAGAUCGGGUAAGUAAGUCUUCAUAAAAAUUUUGAGGCUGUGGCCGGUCAUGUUCAGUCAAAAAAUUAAGAUUUUUUUGCCCUUAGCUUGGUAAAAAGAGUUUGAGAACCAGUACAUAAUGACGCAACAAUUUAUUCCUCUGGAACUAGACAUGAUAAACAUCUGAAUUGGGAAAUUUUCUCGUUUGCCUUUAUUUCUUUCAGAUUCCAUAAAUUAAUUAAACCUUUUCGGCCGAUACGCGUUAUUGCUUGAACACCUCAAGAAACGUAGACAUUAUCACACUUGGCAAACGCAAACAUGCUUCUUUUAGCAUAGACGUACACUCGAGACCGUUUCUGAAAAUCCCGUAUGCUGUUCUCUUCCAGUAUAUUGAUUCAAAACGUAAUCAACUUACAGGCAAGAGCUUUUAAGCCCGCCGUAGUGUUUACACAAAAUUUUGCAUAUCAGAAACACACUUUGUAUCCUCUAAACAGAGAAGUCAAGAAAGCACGACAAGUGGCAUUAACUUCACUACUGUGUCACAGGGUGCUCGAAAUUAAAACCCUUAUUUUUUUUACAGGUUGCAAAACAAUCGAGGGUUACCUUGUUUCGCAAGGUGUACAUGUGCAGAGGUGGAGACUAAGGAGUGCCAUAAAGAGAGUCGAUCCCAUUGGCAGGAGGCUAAGGUCUAUGAAUGCCAUCCGUAGACGAGUGUAUAACGUAUGUUCCCCACUGGCCCUCUGGCAUAUGGACGGGAAUCACAAACUGAUGGUAGCUGUCACUUAUCUCAUUAUUUUGAUGACAUAA